AAAAAUAUCAUAGCAACUACAUCUCAUCAUAAUUCAAAGAAAAAUCCACCAUCUAGUGGUAAUAAUCCUUUAAUUAAUUUUGCAUCUGCUAAAGCUAAGACCUUAACAUCAUCAACUAUUUUAUAUUCACAAACUGCAUAUGAUAAAGUUCUUAAAGUAAAGAAAGCUGCUCUUAAAUUAAAGAAAGCUGCUUUUAAGGCAAAAGAAACUGCUCUUUAUAUAGAAUCUGCCAUAAUUGAAUAUAUUAAAGAUGAAUUAAUAGGAAAAAAAUUAAAAGAGUUUAUAGAGAAACCUGCUGAUAAUAAUGAAAAGAAAUCUGAAAACAUUGAUAAUAAUAUUCAAGUAUCAGAUAGUAAUGAUGAACUAUAG